AUGCCUUUAUCAAGAAUUUCGGUCGGAAGUCCGGCGGAGGCCAGCCAACCGGAUGCCCUCAAAGCCGCCUUAGCCGAAUUCAUUUCAAUGCUCAUUUUCGUAUUUGCCGGAGAAGGCUCUGGCAUGGCUUUUGCCAAGCUUACGGAUGGCGGAUCGACCACGCCGGCCGGCCUUAUUGCUGCUGCUAUAGCCCAUGCUUUCGCACUUUUUGUGGCUGUCUCGGUUGCUGCCAACAUUUCCGGGGGUCAUGUAAACCCUGCAGUCACCUUUGGGCUCUUUGUUGGUGGUCACAUAUCAUUGUUCAAAACCAUUGUGUAUUGGAUAGCCCAAUUGCUUGGAUCUGUUGUUGCAUGCUUGCUCCUAAAGUUCUCCACUGGUGGGCUGGAAACCUCUGCAUUUUCACUUUCAUCCGGGGUAUCAUCGUGGGAUGCCCUUGUUUUCGAAAUAGUGAUGACAUUUGGCCUGGUUUACACAGUGUAUGCCACAGCAGUGGAUCCAAAGAGGGGUGAUAUAGGUACCAUAGCCCCAAUUGCCAUUGGCUUCAUUGUGGGUGCCAACAUUUUGGCUGGCGGUGCCUUCGACGGUGCAUCCAUGAACCCAGCCGUGUCGUUCGGCCCGGCAGUUGUUAGCUGGACAUGGGACAGUCAUUGGGUGUACUGGCUUGGCCCAUUUGUUGGUGCUGGAAUUGCUGCUCUUGUCUAUGAAAUCGUCUUCAUUAACCAGUCCACUCAUGAACAACUCCCCACCAGUGAGUACUAA